UAAUAAAUGAUAAUGUUAUUUUUUUAAACGAUAUUCCGCUUCGCUCUUCUGACCCUGAAGCGUGUAAAAAUCAAAUGAAUAAUUAAAAAUAACUGAUUAUACAUGCAGCCAUUAAAUACUCGUUCAUAUUUAUUACUCAUCGCUGCUGAUAUCUCGACUAUUUAUUUCUUCUCGUCCGAUUUGGGCUGUUGUGCUUCACCUUAAACGCUAUGAAGUGUCGGGAUUAGAUUUGUCAGACUCCACACAACCAUGUUAUAUGCAUUUUCCAAAUGCGUCGGCACGAGAUUAAAGCUCUCGAGUUCACACGUGUACUACAAGACGUUGUCGACGGAAAGCAGGAAGACGAUAUGUGGCCGUCGGUCAUCAUUGUCGACCGACUUUGCAUUGGUGCGAUCUUGUUCGAUAAACAGUAAAGUUCUUGUCGCCCAACAGUCUAAACCGGUCGACCAGCCAAAAAGCGUAGUCAUGAGUACACUACGUCCAUACAUGGAACUGAUGCGAUUCUCUAGACCUACUGGGUGGCUACUACUCUAUUGGCCUUGCACAUGGAGUAUAGCUUUGGCGUCGGGUGCUGGUGAUUUUCCAAAUUGGGAAAUGCUUGGUCUCUUUGGACUGGGCGCAAUUACCAUGCGUGGCGCUGGAUGUACUAUCAAUGAUAUGUGGGAUAGAGACAUUGAUAAAAAAGUAGAAAGAACUAAAAACCGGCCUCUAGUCAUUAAUUCGUUGACAAUGUUUGAUGCCUGGGUAUUUCUCGCUGGCCAAUUAGGUAUCAGUCUUAUCGUUUUGUUACAGCUCAACUUGUACACAAUUGUGGUUGGUGCCAGCUCAUUAGUAUUAGUGACCAUUUAUCCAUUAAUGAAGCGUGUUACUUAUUGGCCACAGUUUGUAUUAGGUCUUACGUUCAAUUGGGGUGCUCUUUUAGGUUGGUCUGCCAUACAUUCUUCAAUAGACUUAACUGCUUGUUUACCACUUUACGCAGCUGGUGUUGCAUGGACUCUAUUUUAUGAUACUAUCUAUGGUCUUCAAGACUGCAAAGAUGACAUAAAACACAAUGUUAAGUCUACAGCCGUUCUUUUCGGAACAAAUAGUAAAAUGUGGCUCGGUUCAUUUGCCGCCAUGUCAUUAAGUAGUCUGAUGACAUGUGGUCUUUGUACUGGCCAAAUGUGGCCGUAUUAUAUGGCAGUAUGUGUGUCCGGUGGUCAUAUGUGGAAUCAAAUCAAAACUUUGGAUAUCAAUAACCCAGCAGACUGUGGCGAGAAAUUUAUUUCAAAUAACCACAUUGGUUGGAUUAUGUUUUUGGGAAUAAUGUUGAGCACUUUACUAAAGAAACCUAAUAACAAAGAAGAUGAUGAAAAUGUUAAUAACUCUGACUAAUUGUUGUAAUGAAACUACUGUUACCAAGUAUUAGAAAUAAUUGUUAUUGUUUGUAUUUAUUAUUAUGUUUAAUAUUAAAAAUAUUUAAGGGACAUAGUGUGCUUGUAAUUUGGAUUGAUAUCAUUGCACAGUAGUUUGAUUUUUUAUUUUAUCGUAUUUUAGUUCCUAUGUACUGAAAGGAAAUAAAGAAACUAGUCUC